AACUGCGUGGCACAAGAGAGCCCAAUCGUUGCGCGCCAGCGCCACGACGAAAAAGACGCUCAAUGGCCUCACACUGCGUAACGGCAACCCAAGACGAAAAACGAUGACCACGCGUAAUAGAGGUCUCAAACAUACAAAAGACUGUUUCUGGACUUGUCCCAUCAUUGUUGCCGGCAAAGCCCAUUCACUCACCUUCUUCCUGCAUAAACAUCAUCAUCUCUACUGUACUAGUAUUACUAGCUAAGCUGGCCACUUGGGAUCUGUUUGAGAACGGGAAAGUAAAUCGAGGCAAGAACCAAGUUUUUUGUCGGCAGGCUUUUUCACCUCCUCGGAAGCAAGGCAAGAACUCGACUAUUUAUUUGGGAGGAUCAAUACAUCAUGAGAGGACCAUCAUCGGAAGAUCUCGUCAUGAAUGCUGGCACCCAGCAUCCUGGCCGAUUACAACUCCACGACAGUCACAACAGCAAGAGAAAGAGACGAAGAAGGACGACGAGUCGAUGGGUUUUCUCGUUUCCUUCCGUCGUCCUUUGGGUCACUCUGCUCUCGUCUGGUUGGAGAGGGCCAAGCCUUGCUGUCGUGGGACCCGUAGUAAAUGCUCAGGAAGAAUCAAUGACCACAACAACAAGUACUCUAGACGAGGAGCGCUCGGAUGUGGACAUGGAAACAGACGAAAUAAUGAAUGCCUUUCUAAAGACAUUGCGUCUUUCUUCCUAUCUGGACCUGAUUGUCCAGGCCACACACGAAAAGAAACCCGUGAAUUCCAACAGAGGAGGACCUCCCGUCAUGAUUGGAAGAAGACGAAGUCUCAUGGAACACAGUCUUCAUCAUCAUUAUUCCGUCCAGUACUUGCAACAACUCAAAAAGAGACGGACCAGUACUACUACUAUUUCCUCCACAUCAUCAUCAAGUAGUAGCAGUGAAGACAGCAGUAGUAGCAGCUCUAGCAGCGAAGACAGUAGGAGCAGUGACGAAGAGCAAAAGCAGCAGCAACAAGCACAGAACCAAAAAAGAGAGGCCGAGUUGCGCGAAGUACUCAACGCCUUUUUGUACUUGACGCCACUGGAAGCCCAUGUCAAGGCCAAUCCACAGCGACAACAACACAACUCGGCCACAUCCAACAUGGUGGGAAUGCCACCCUUUCCGCCCAGUGCUAGUCGCGCCAAUGCACAGCUCUUGAAAGACAUGUUCUACCGGUCCUACAAUGCUUACAUGGAACAUUCCUUUCCCGCUGCCGAACUCCUGCCACUCACCUGUCAGCCAGGGACGUUUGAUCUGGUGCGACUUCCAGCAUUGACUUUGAUUGAUGCCCUUGAUACACUGAUAGUACUAGGGGACAGUCUAGAGUUUGCCAAGAGCGUCGAACGAUUACGAGCAUUUCAUCGAGAGCACUUAAAAAGCGACGGAUCGGGAGGCAUUUUUGCCGUCAAUCAAAAUGUCAGCCUCUUUGAGACGACCAUUCGAGUUUUGGGAGGGCUGUUAUCCGCUCAUCAAAUGGCAGUAGCCUAUCUCAGAAAUCAACAACAACCAGACAGGGGCGCUCAACAACAACAACACGUAUUGCCGCCCGUUUUCUUGAAGGAUGUCUUUGAUUCCACUUCUGCCGAUGUGUACUUGCAGCCACCAGAGCAUGUGCAACGGAUACUGGAGCAACACGCCCAAAAGUACCUCACCGACACAAAGGGAACUUGUACAGUGGCUAAUCCAGCUGCCAAAGCUGGUAACGACAACAAUCCAGAAGACCUUGAGAUUCAUCACGCCGACAAUAACCAUCACUCCGAGGUUGUAGUAGAUGUUAACAGCAAUCAUGAAGAUUGGAGAGAGCAUUGUGGUGCUGGCGUGCUGGCACUGGAAGAUUGUGCCGCAUCCAAAGCUCCCAAAAACAAUGCGAAACAGCAGCAGCAACAAGCGGUCAAUCAAACCGUGGCACGCCUGCAAAAGGAACGCCUACUGCGUGAACCACAGUGGGAAUACGAUGGUUUCUUGUUGGAUCUGGCGCUGGAUAUCGGUGAACGCUUGUUACCUGCAUUUGAUACGCGAACGGGAAUCCCAUACGGAACCGUGAAUCUGCUCAGUGGCGUGCCCUCGGGAGAAACCACCGUGGCGUCCUUGGCCGGAGGUGGAACCUUGUCACUCGAAAUGGAAUUGCUGUCGCGGCUCACGGGCGACCUUCGAUUUGGGCGAGCUGCCAAAUUGGCCAUUCGGGCACUGUGGGUGAGACGUUCCAACUUGAAUUUGCUGGGGAAGCACAUUGAUAUUCAACGGGGGACAUGGACCGAAAACUUGUCGGGGAUCGGAUCCAACUCGGAUUCUUUCUUAGAAUACCUUUUGAAACACUAUCUGCUGUUCCCCGAGGAAGAGGACUUUUGGACAAUGCUGCAAGCAGCCUAUACUGGAAUAUUCAAGGACGCUCGACUUGGAGAAUGGUAUGCUGACGUGGACAUGAAAACGGGAAAACAGGCAUGGCCCAAGGGCAUGAUCAAGCGAGUGCUAGAAUCGCUCAUGGCGUUUUACCCGGGGAUGCAGACGCUCCUGGGCGAGCACGUUCCGGCGGCUCGAAGUCUCAACUCCUUUUUCAUGGUGCGAGAAUUCCUCGGGUUUCUGCCUGAAAGAUUCUCCUAUAGCAACUGGAAAGUUGACGGUGGUAUCAGCUCUGGUGCCGCCAAAUAUCCGCUGCGACCAGAAUUGUUGGAAAGUUGCUAUUUUAUGCACAGGGUAACCAAAAAGGACGGUGCCUCGUCAGAGGCCUCAUCUAGCUGGCAGUGGGCUGCAGACUUUGCUCUGCACCAUCUUGAGCGUCUGACCCGGGCAAAAUGCGGGUAUGCUUCGGUGCGAGGGUUGAAUCCUUCAACCGGGAGUUUGCACAAUUAUCAACACUCCGAGCAUGUCAAGCUGUUCAAUGAAAUGCCUAGUUUCUUCCUGAGUGAAACCAUCAAAUAUCUCUAUUUGACUUUUGAUGACGACAACAUAAUUCACAAGGACAAGGAUCGAGAAUGGAUUUUCACGACAGAAGCUCACCCCAUACACCACGUUCCAACAUUUGAACAGCAGCAAGAAUCCACACAAAAGGACGAGGAAGAGGACGAAUCAGUUCACCUGGCACAGGUCAAGGAUCGACUUCGGAAGAAGCUGAAGGUUUUGAAGUAUCACAAAGCGCAUAGAACAUUUUCGUCGUCGAGGAGCAAGCCUCCUACUGAUAACCUUGUUUCGGCUUACUAUCUCGCAGAGGAACUGUGGGCAGACAACACACAACCUCGCAAGUAUCGGGGCAGCAUUAAGGAGGUUAUCGACGAGAUCUAUACGUCAGAAGAACAGAACACCUAUGAUCCUGAAUGGCACCCAGUCAAAUCUUUCUUCGGCGAAGAGGUGACGAUGGUGGACCCGAUGCAACAACAGAACAAGGAACAUCUCUACGAAGAAGACAACAAUCUAGCUCACAUGACGUGGAGCAGCGUAGGGGUGGGAAGUGGCUAUGGAUUGAGGAAAGCAUGCCCCAAUACAUACGCACCAGAACUGACCUGGUUGCAUGCUCUCAAUGGUGGAGCACUUGACUAUACCGACAUUUACGUCACCUCAAUGUCAGAAUCGGAUGGUGAUUAUCCGUUUGCUGAGACGGUACACCUUCUGGUGACAUCAGCCGAAGCUCUCAGCGUACAUGGAAGUGGUGUCUAUCUUGGAAUGAUGGACUCGUCAGUGCAAGCGAGCGAGCAGUGCCCGAUUGUUCCUCAAGCUAACAACGCGCACACACGAGCUACAGACUCGACAUCGACGGAGUCGUCGCCAGAGCAACUUCUUGGUGAAACCUCGAAUGAUGUAGGAGAUGGAGAUGUACCAGAGGCAGCCAUACAACACGUGGAACUGGCAGGACUUGGUACUUUCGAAAUCAAGGCAUUCCCUGAAGGCAGCGGCUUCAUUAUGAAACAUAUGGAUAGUGGAGAAUCCAUCAUGGCAACUUUCAUUGCGGAUGCUUUCGAUGGAAUCUCUGCUCAAGAUGUUACGCUCAUGGUAUAUGCGUCCAUGCCGCGAACGAAGAUGCUGGUGACCUCGAACGAAACCGACGAUAUCCAGGAAUCGUCCGAUGAUAGCGACGACGUUGGCUACACCAAAGAUGCAAAGGACGACGAAACCCCGGUACCGACUUGGAGGCGUGUAGGCCCUCGACUAGCUUCGUUGUUUAAAAAGAAGAACCCCAACACGGACGAAGUACCGCAUAUGGAACCUGGUGAACCUGAGCGGGCUGUUGUGAUCGCGGAUCUUCACAACCAUGCAUUCCACUGCGACGUGAAUAUCAUUCGGCGACCACUUUCAAUGAAACAAGACUCAGACUACAGCACAACAGAGACCGAGGACAAUGAUGAUGCCAGAACCUCUACCAACGCAGACGAGCUGGUCGCAACUGUUCCUUGCGCGCCUGCUUUGUUUGGGCCAACCUUAGUUUCCAAGUUAGUUGAGAGCAAUGGAGCUUUGAUCGAGCGACCAAUCUUUCCUCCCAACGAGGCUGAUGAGUUUGGUUGCGGUACUCAGGAUGGCGAGGAAAUCCCGACUGUAACUCCCGUGAGAGAAAAGGAACCCAGGAGCAACGAAGAUAAUUUUUCCGAGGUUGAAGCACACGACGACAAUGCUGCCGAUGACCAAAGUGGUUCCUGUGAGAACAAGACGAUUCAGCUUGUUCAACGUGGUGAGUGCAGCUUCUACGCCAAAGCUGCCAACCAGAAGAAGCAUGUCAACGCGGAAGGGGUAAUUGUCAUCAACAAUGAUGACUUGGAACUCUUUAUCAUGUCCAAUGGCGGAGACGAAGAUGUGGGCGUAAGCGAGGAGGAGAUUCCGGUAUCAGUCCUCGUAACGGGGAUGGAUGGGGAAACCUUGCUUGGUGUGAUCCAAUCCGAAAGCCUUGCCUCCAACGAUGAAACAUAUAUGCUAGCACAAAUCUCAAUCUACAAACAAGACCCGGUUGUUGACGACACAGGAAACCUCAAGCAAGACUCAGAAGAUAUUGCUUGGCCCAUUGUUCGCGGUUCUGGCGAAGCUCUGCAAAUUCUCGCAGAGGGGGGCUGGGGAAUUCAUGCCAUGCGGAAAGACGGAGGAAGUAUAAAAUCCAUACAAGGAAGCAACGACCUACAAAUAUUUCUCCUCAAACACUCUGAUUGAGGCCGACCCAUGGUUUGCAGAAGGAACACUGCCAACCGCACACAUUUGCACUCUUGCUAAAAAACACCGUAAUGUAAACUAGGACCUUUUGCAUCUCUC